AGUUUUGACGUCACGUGGUUUUGUUUUGGAGGAACAGGCGCGUGUCAGCUGAGUUAGGCAGCUAAACCGCAGCUUUAACCCAAAUAUGUCUUUAAACACGUUUCAGAGUGAUUAGAAACAGACGCGUUUUAGGCAACAGUUAGAUUUUAAAGAGGACAUCAGGUUGUGCUUUGUUGUCAGCGCUCAGCUGCGGUUAAUUUUAGCUUCUCAGCCUCAAAGGGGAGCUAAGCUAGCCGCCACUAGCUGACUUUGUUUAUAUUGUUUAAUAUUUUGAUUAAAUAAGCGGGUUUUAAACACAACAGACACCAGGAGGGAUGCGGUCUCUGAACUACGUCCAGCGGAUCAGUCUGGAUUUCACAGGACAUCUGUUUCCUCAUGCUAUCUGUCUGGCAGACGCAGACAACGACUCGCUGAAUGAGCUGGUGGUCGGAGACACCAGCGGGAAGCUGCUGGUUUACAAGAACGAUGCCAAACCGUGCAUCACGAGAACCUGCGUGGGAAUGCUGACCUGUGUUGCCGUUGGAGACGUCUGCAAUAAAGGAAAGAACUUUGUGGUUGCCGUGGGCGCAGAAGGAUGGUUCCACCUGUUUGACCUGACAGCCACCACUGCAAGCAAAGCAGAAUCCUCCAGCCAACAUGAGUUCCUGUCGUCUGAAGACCAGAAGCCCUUCUUCACCCAACAUAUUCCUGCUAACACCAAAGUUAUCCUCAUCAGUGACAUUGAUGGAGACGGGCGCUGUGAGCUGGUGGUGGGCUACACAGACCGAGUGGUGCGAGCUUUCCGCUGGGAGGAAGCGUCAGACGGUUCAGAUGCGGGUUCUGGUCAGCUGGUCCUGCUGAAGAAAUGGCUGCUGGAGGGACAGGUGGACAGUCUGUCAGUGAAUCCAGGUCCAGAAGGUUUACCAGAGCUGAUGGUGUCCCAGCCGGGCUGUGGAUACGCCAUCCUGCUCUGCUCCUGGACACAACAGGACUCCAGCGGAUCUGGAGACGAAGCCCCUGCCACACCAGGGAGGAAAGGACCUUCCAGAGACGUAGUUCUCCAUCUGACCACCGGGCGGAUACACAACAAGAACGUCUCCACUCAUCUCAUUGGAAGCAUAAGCAAAGGUUCAAAAGAGGAAUCUUCUAAAUGUGGCCUGUUUGCUCUCUGUACUUUAGACGGAACCCUGAAGCUGAUGGACAGUUCAGAGCAGCUGCUGUGGUCGGUGCAGGUGGAUCAUCAGCUGUUUGCCCUGCAGAAGCUCGAUGUGACCGGGGACGGCAGAGAGGAGGUGGUGGCGUGUGCUUGGGACGGUCAAACCUACAUCAUCGACCACAACCGGACCGUGGUGCGUUUCCAGUUCGAUGAGAACGUCAACGCCUUCUGUGCGGGUCAGUAUACGUGUAAGGAGGGUAGAAACAGCCCCUGCCUGGUGUACGUCAGCUUCAACCACAAAAUCUACAUCUACUGGAAGGUGGAGCUGGAGCGGAUGGAGUCCACCAACCUGCUGCGGGUGCUGGAGGAGAAACCGGAGUUUAGAAGUCACCUGAAGGAGCUCGAAGUCGAUGCUGAGGAUUCGACUGCAGUCAGAGCGCUGGUGGCAGAUAUUCUGUACAGGGAUGUUCAGACGUAACACCUGCUCUGUUUGCCCCGGACUGUAAAUACUCUGUUAAUAAACCCUGACUGACUGAC